CACAGCCAUGACGUACACCAUUAGAGGCCCCCAGAGGUGCCUCAGAGUGCCCUUCCCUGGGCUGCGGUGUGAGCUUCUGCUAGGGUGGGUGAUGUGUCUCAGGCUGUACUGGCAAUGCUCCCUAGGACUCCCCUCCAGGGAGGGGGCCUCUGACACACACACACACACACACAAUCUGGGGAGGAUGGGUCUUCCACCUGACUCAGGCCCAGGGGCAGGGAAGUCACCUCAUCUCCAAGUGGUAGUCUCAGGGUUGGGGCUAGAACCCAGGCGUGGCACCCAGGAAGCAGCCCUGUCCUAUGAACACCUUGUUCCCCAAAGGCCGCCUCAGGUGAGCCCAGGUGCACUGGGGGGGCAGGCCAGCGGGCUGGGGGCUCCACUUCCAGACGCCUGCUGGCCCCGCCCUGACCUUUACCCCUGAGGCGGGCUUACCGGUGGCGCGGGGUGGGGCGCACAGGAACUGUGGCGGGCAGAGCGGGCUGAGCGGGGAAGCCCCCAGCCGUGCACGCCUGUCCUGUCGGAGGGCCCAGAGCGGCGCCAGGGCCAUGGAGCAUUGGCCCCGGGGCUGCAUGGUGGUGGCUGCGGCUCUCCUCCUCGUUCUGCUGGGCACCCAGGGCCAGUGCAGCACUCCCCGCCCCACGUGUGACUGUGCCCACAACUCAGAGAACAGGAACGCUCUGUCCUGUUGCAGAGGCUGUCCAGCAGGGCACUAUAUGACGGCCCCCUGCACAAAGCCUUGUGGCAACAUCACCUGCCUUCCGUGCCCCCAGGGCACAUUCCUGGCCAGGGAGAACCACCAUGAGACCAGCUGUACCCGCUGCCAGGCCUGCGAUGAGCAGGCCUCCCAGGUAGCCCUGAAGAACUGCUCAGCAGAGGCAGACACUCGCUGCGGCUGCAGGCCAGACUGGUUUGUGGAGUGCUUGGUCACACACUGCAUUGGCGGCUCACCCUUCCGCUGCCACCCAUGUCUAGACUGUGGGACCCUGCACCGCCACACAUGGGUGCCCUGUUCCAGCAGAGACACCGACUGUGGGACCUGUCUGCCUGGCUUCUUCGAAUAUGGCAACAGUUGUGUGUCCUGCCCCAUGCCCUCAUCCCCCACCCCAAUCCCUCCCCUUGCAGGAGCACCUUCUGGAGCUGUCCUGAGCCCUGUGCGGCAGUCUGUGGCUGGAGGCAGAGUAGGUGUGUUCUGGGUCCAGGUGCUUCUGGCAGGCCUGGUAGUCCCACUCCUGCUUGGUGCCACCCUGACCUACAUAUACCGCCGCUGCCAGCCCCGCAAGCCCAUGGUUCUCGCAGAUGAAACUGGGACGGAGGCCCUGGCCCCGCUGCAGGCCACCCACCUCCCACCCCCAAAUGUUGCCCACACCCUUUUGGAGCCACCCAGCAGCAGUGAGAAGGUCUGCACCGUCCAGUUGGUAGGCAAUAGCUGGACCUCUGGUUCCCCUCAGAUUCAGGAAGUGCCCUGCCAGGAGGUGCCAUGGUCCUGGGACCAGCUGCCCAGCAGAGCUCUUGGCCUGCCACAGCCGCUGCCGCCGCCUCCGCCUCCGCCUCCCGCGCCUUCCUCAGUGCUCCCUACGGGCUCGGCAGCCGCCACGCUCCAGCCGGGUCCGCAGCUCUACGACGUGAUGGAUGCGGUGCCCGCGCGGCGCUGGAAAGAGUUCGUGCGCACGCUGGGGCUGCGCGAGGCCGAGAUCGAGGCCGUGGAGGUGGAGGUCGGCCGCUUCCGCGACCAGCAGUACGAGAUGCUCAAGCGCUGGCGCCAGCAGCAGCCCGCGGGCUUGAGCGCUAUCUACGCGGCCCUGGAGCGCAUGGGGCUGGACGGCUGUGCUGAGGACCUGCGCAGCCGCCUUCAGCGCAGCCCGUGACACGGGGCCCAUCCGCCAACUGGAGGCUCUGGUGGCCCUUACAGAAGCCCUAAGUACCGUUACUUAUGCGUGUAGACAUUUUAUGUCACUUAUUAAGCCUCUGGGACGGCCCUGCUUAGAGGCGCCAGCCGGCCUCACGCCUGCGCACCCCGUGUUCGGGUUAAGGCAAAGCAUCAAUAAACAUCAGGAGGGCGUCACGAGAUUGCUCGGCUGUUUCUCAGCCAGAGUUUGGUGGAGGCCUUGGUAUUAAAUUUACGAG